AUGGCGGGGCCACUAUGCGUCAACCAUCGUUCUGAUUAUGCAGCCAUGGUCUUCCAGCCCAGGUCAAAAAGAGACAAGAGGAAUACCAGUGGAGGGUUUCUGAGCAUUGAUCCCACCGCCCCGGCCUGGGAGGGCACACUCACACCAGUGAAUGGAACAGAUGAGGACCAUCUUCCAAGUAACAACGUGGAAAUCCUGAUCGUGACUUUGCUGACCUUCAUCUUUGCCCUGGGCGGGCUGGUGGGAAACGUGACCGUGCUCUGGCUGCUGGGCUGCCGCAUGCAGAGGAACGCUUUCUCCGUCUACAUCCUCAACCUGGCAGGAGCUGACUUCCUCUUCCUCUCCUCCCAGGUUGUAUAUGCCCUGGAGGCGCUCAUCAACUUCCAUUCGGUGUACUUUUCCAUCCCCAGAUUUUUCACCACCAUGUGGACCUUCGCCUACAUCGCGAGCGUGAGCAUUCUCAGCGCCAUCAGCACCGAGCGCUGCCUGUCGGUCCUUUGUCCCAUCUGGUACCGCUGCCACCGCCCAAGACACACGUCAACUGUGACGUGUGGCCUGCUCUGGGCCCUCUCCCUGCUGCUGAGCAUCCUGGAAGGGGAGUACUGUGGCUUCCUGUUUAGGGAUUUUGACCCUGGAUUGUGUCUGGCGUUUGAUUUCGUCACGGCCGCCUGGCUGAUUUUCUUAUUUGUGCUUCUCUCUGGGUCCAGCCUGGCCCUGCUGACCAGACUGCUGUGGGGCUCCCAGCGGAUGCAGCUGACCAGGCUGUAUGUGACUGUGGGGCUCACAGUGUUGGCCUUCCUCUUCUGCGGCCUGCCCUACGGCAUUCACUGGUUUCUCGUAUUCUGGAUUCAGCAGGGUUUUGAUGAGUCCCUCUGGUAUCUUUAUCUGGCUGCGCUCACCCUGUCCUGUGUCAACAGCUGUGCCAACCCCAUCAUUUACUUCUUUGUUGGCUCCUUCAGGCAGCGGUGGCCCCGGCAGCGGAAGACCCUCAGGAUGGUUCUCCAGAGGGCCCUGCAGGACGCAUCGGGAGGGGAUGAAAGCGAAGUCCGCCUGCCUCAGGAAACUCUGGCGAUGUCGGGAAACAGUCUGGCGCCCUGA